AUGACGAAAAGGGUAAGGAGUUCACCUCAAUUCACCUGCUUGUAUACCGUGCUGAUGCUUGCGCAGGUCUACUUUGUUGCCCACGGCGGCACCGUCCAGGGCGUAUGGCCUCACGGGCUGGUGCCGGAACACGCCCGACAACAAGGCAAGUGCAAGGCCGCAAGGCCCUCAUGCAACAGCCAUGAUAUGCUGAUGAUAAUACUCGUCCAGGUCCAAGGCGAAGCCCAAGGCGAAGAUGGUGCUGUCGAUAAGCUCAUCAAGGACGUCGAUCAGGGCCCCAGAGGCGCCACCAUCGUCAAGCUGACCCAAGAAGCGCGCGACGUCGUUGCCGACGAGGCAGAGUUUACCAUACGGCAUUAA